GUGAUGACAAAUCAACAUGACUGUUAAUGUCCUUAAAAUGUGGAAACAUCCAACUCUCAGGCUCUUUAUCACAUAUGAUCUCUUUAUAAUACCAUUCUCCGUACAAUUUACACUAACAGGCCUGUAAUCCCUUGCAGAUCUGCACUAGUUGGCAAUCUGAGCUGCAUUCCACAAAUACCAAACCAUUGUCAACAGCAGCCUCUCGGUCAUGCGCCUCGCACCAGCCACGGGCACAUGACCCGCUCCUGCCCCGCUGAUCACGGAGCUCCUGUGGACGAGAACCACUUCUCCCCCCCCUUCACCACAAAACGCUUACCCGGGAGCAGUCUCGAACAGGGGGCUCCUCUGUAGCCUGACGGCGUCGAUCUGUUUUCAGAUCAGCUGCGCUCACUUCCUGCUCGUGAGAGCCCUGCUGAUGUCACAUGACUCAGCGGGCUGCUGAGGCGGAAGGAAGGAAGGAGGAAAGCGGCCAGCAGGACGGACGGACGAGCAGCUGUCGGUGAAGAAGAGCUCCCCGACGAAACACUGGAGAGACAGCUGCAGACAGAGAUGAGAUGCUGGGAUCACUCGCAGGAUACACGCACGUAAUGAGCGUGGAGACGUUGGAGUAAACAGGACACCACAGUGAAGCGGGGCAGGAGUGCGUCUGCGGUCCAGAUGAAGUGCUUGCUGAUAGCCAGCGAGAGCGCAGAGGUCCUCUUCCACUGGACCGACCCCGAGUAUCAGCAGCAUGUCCAGGAGCAGUAUGGGGCGUCUCAGGAGGAGGGCCAGGGGCUUCCAGCCUUCGAAGACAGCAUCAGCACCCUGUUUGCGCCCAUCAUCAUCUCCUGCAGCACCAUGGUGGACCGGCUGGGUGACAGCUACACCUCCUUCACCACGGAGAACAACCAUAUCUACGUCCUGCACCAGUUCGACGAGUGCCUCUACAUCGCCGUGAAUGGAGACGGCGAGGAGGGGGAGGACGAUCUGAGGAGGAAGACCUACGUGAUGAAGAAGAUGAUUGAGGUCCUGUUCGGCAUGGUCACCCUCAGCAGUUACCUCCUCAGGAAAGAGCUGCGUCCCCAGGACACGGACCAGAGAGCGAGGCUGUGGAAGCAUCUCCAGAGCCUGCUGGAGACCUACGGCCACCUGCGGGAGAACGACCAGAGCUUCUUGGUGGAGGCGGUGGAGAGGCUCAUCCACCCCACGCUGUGCGAGCAGUGCAUCGAGUUCCUGGAGCGCCGUUUAGUCCAGCAGCUCAACAGCAGUGUGGAGAGAGCAGGGGAGGAGGUGCUGCAUGCCUUCAUCCUGGUUCACACCAAACUGCUCGCCUUCUACUCCAGCCGUACUGCCAGCACGCUCAACACCUCAGACCUCCUGACCCUCAUCAUCAUGGCGCAGAACAUGUACCCCAGCAACGUGGACCACGAUGACCCCGGGCCUGAGGAUGUUGAGAGCACAUCUGGUUCUGGUCCCGAAAGUUUCUACACCCCGGAGCCCUCCCCGACAGACAGAGACUCGAGCAGCUCAGAGGAGAAGCCGGUGAGAGGAAGUACCCCUGUGUUUGAGUUCGUGGACCCAGACAUCCAGAUGGCGGAGGACAGCCUGCAGACUCUGGAGGUUCCUCCCCCCGACCCUUCAACCCCUCACAGGGUCUUCUUGGAGGUCUCGCUCAAGGAGGGGCUGUAUCCCAUGAUGCCUCACUCCAUGUACUGUCUGCCUCUGUGGCCUGGCAUCACAUUGGUGCUGCUGACUAAGGUUCCUACCAGUGCAGUGGCCAUGUCGGUUUAUAAGUUUUUGGAGGCCUUCGCCAAGCUGGAGAAGCGUUUAAGUGAAGGCCAGGAAGGUUCUGCUGCUACCAGAGGCCAGCCGACGAUACACGACGUCCGCCCCAAGCUGGAUAAAUUCAUUAAAGCCCUGGGGCCCAGUGAGAUACAGUCUGCACAGUUACAGAAUGUCUGGACAGAGUUCAAGAACCGAGCCUUCACCAGGGGAGGUCCCGGCUUCAACAGAGAUCUUAUCCCAUGGUGUAAGAAUAUGAAGACCCAGCUGUGCGGAAUAUACCGACAGUGUUUUCUUACUGAGUCUGGCCCGACCGACAUUCCUCGGCGUCUCUCCUCGGGCCUGCAGGAACGAGCCCAGACCAUGGUGCAGGAGAAACUGAUGGACUGGAAGGACUUCCUGUUGGUGAAAAGCAAGAGGAAUAUCACCAUGGUGUCAUACCUGGAGGACUUCCCAGGCCUCAUCCAUUUUAUCUGCGUGGACCGAUCCACCGGCCAGAUGAUUGCACCGUCGCUGAGCAUCACGGAGCGCGCCACGUCUGAGCUGGGGAAGGGACCGGUGGCUCAGUUCAUCAAACAGAAGGUGUGGAACCUGGUGAGCACAACGCGGCGCUAUCUCCAGAAGGGCUACUCCACCGUCACACUGCGCGACGGAGAUUUCUACUUCUGCUACUUCCUCUGGUUUGAAAAUGAAACGGGCUUCAAGUUAGAGGCAGGCGACAUCCCCGUCCUACCUGAUGACUCCGCCCCCAUUGGGAUGCUGGCCUGGGACUACUACAGCAGGAAGCUGCUGCGCUACUACAGCAAGAAUCACCAGGGGGAGGUGGUGAAGUGCUACGAGCUGCUGACGGUUCACCUGGGGGUCAUCCCCACCGAGAUCAUCCUCCAGCACUGCAGACAGCUGGCGAGCAAACUGUGGGAGCCUUCGCGCAAUCCGCUGCUGUAGAAGCGCCCACGCGCUUCGACUGAGUCACAGCGGCCGACGUUCGCAGGUGUCGCGUUGCCAAGAACUGAAACACGCUCUCUGUAGAUGGAUUACUGUCGCUGUGGCUUUCAUGAGCCAUCACUGUCGCUGUGAAAGACGUUCUGUUUCCUGCCAUAAUUUGACCCAAAUUAUUUAUUAGACGCACUUGCGUUCGUGAUCACCGCAAUGCAACACCACUGUGCACUUAUGCACUGUUUUGUGUCUUAUACUGAUGAUCUCACAGCUUUUUUUUUUUUUUUUUGUGAAUUGUUAAAUAUUUUGGAAUUCUCAGUUAUGACCUGCUUGCUAUUUAUUAGUAAUACUGUUUUUUGUUUUUGUUUUUCAUUUUUAAAAAAUGUGCACCUGAAGCAUUUUUUUUAAUAUAAAUGAAGAUAUUUCUAAGGAUAUAUUUUAUAAAUGAAGUCCAUUUCUGCCUUUAGUGCAGCAAGUGGUGUUUAAAUAAAAUAUUCAACA